CGUUCCCAAUCCUGUUUCAUGCAUUCCAGGAAGCUCGACUCCCAUGGAAUUUCUACUACGGAGUAUAUAUUUGUUGGCAAUAGUCAACUUUGCCGAGCAUCGGUUGCAGUGCCAAAUCCCCGUAAUUCAUUUUCAGCCGUUCGUUCAUACCGUUUGAUAGUUACUCCUAGAUCUGUUGGCCUAUUAAAAGAGUAUAGACUAUAUUAGUUGGUUUCCUUGCAAGUUGCAAAGAUAGAUCGACAUCAAUGGCUGCUGGAGCAAGUAGGAAAGUUUCUGCAGCUUCAGCAAGAUCUCACACCAGAAGACCUAAGGAGAAGACUUGUAUGUUCCUUUCUUCAGGAUUGUUGAGAAAUGUAUUAGCAAUUUGUUGUGUGGGGUUCUUGGCAUGGGCUUAUCGUGAAAUUACACCGCCCCCUCCCAAGACAUGUGGCUCACCGGAUGGGCCUCCUGUCACAGCGCCCAGAAUUAAACUCAGUGAUGGAAGACACUUGGCUUACAAAGAGCAUGGUGUUCCCAGAAACAGAGCAAACUACAAGAUGGUGUUUGUUCAUGGCUUCGAUUGUUGCAGGCAUGAUGUUGCUAUUGCUGUCACUCUCUCUCCUAAUUUGAUUGAAAGCCUAGGAAUCUACAUCGUGUCAUUUGAUAGGCCAGGCUAUGGAGAAAGCGAUCCUAAUCCAAACCGAAAAGAAAAGAGCAUAGCUUUCGAUAUCCAGGAGCUUGCUGAUCAGUUGGAACUAGGUUCAAAAUUCUAUGUUGCUGGAUUUUCCAUGGGUGGUCAAGUUGUCUGGAGCUGUCUCAAGUACAUCCCUCAUAGAUUGGCAGGAGCAGUACUUUUAACACCAGUUGUGAAUUACUGGUGGCCUGGUUUUCCAGGAAACUUGUCUAAGCAAGCAUAUGACAGUCAACUUCCCCAGGAUCAAUGGACUCUCCGUGUUUCUCACUAUAUUCCAUGGCUCACCUACUGGUGGAACACUCAAAAGCUUUUUCCUGCCUCGAGUGUUGCAGCUUAUGAGCCUAGUCUGUUUAAUCCACAAGACAUACAAGUGAUGACCAAGUAUCUUCCCGCAAGAGAGAAGUAUCAGGCUCAAGUAAAACCGCAAGGCGAAUUCGAAUCUCUCCACCGAGACAUGAUAGUCGGGUUUGGGAAAUGGGAGUUUGAUCCCAUGGAUCUGGAGAAUCCAUUCCCUAACAAUGAAGGUUCAGUUCACCUGUGGCAAGGGGACGAGGAUGGGCUUGUACCUGUUACUCUACAAAGGUACAUUGCUCAAAAACUGCCAUGGAUUCAUUAUCAUGAAGGGCCUCCUGUCACAGCGCACAGAAUUAAACUCAGUGAUGGAAGGCAUUUGGCUUACAAAGAGCAUGGUGUUCCCAGAAACAGAGCAAGCUACAAGAUGGUGUUUGUUCAUGGCUUCGAUUGUUGCAGGCAUGAUAUUGCUGUUGCUGUCACUCUCUCUCCUAAUUUGAUUGAAAGUUUAGGAAUCUACAUCGUGUCAUUUGAUAGACCAGGGUAUGGAGAAAGCGAUCCUAAUCCAAAACAAAAAGAGAAGAGCAUAGCUUUGGACAUCCAGGAGCUUGCUGAUCAGUUGGAACUAGGUUCAAAAUUCUAUGUUGUUGGAUUUUCCAUGGGUGGUCAAGGUGUCUGGAGCUGUCUCAAGUACAUCCCUCAUAGAUUGGCAGGAGCAGUACUUUUAUCACCAGCUGUGAAUUACUGGUGGCCUGGUUUUCCAAGAAACUUGUCUAAGCAAGCAUAUGACAGUCAACUUCCCCAGGAUCAAUGGGCUCUCCGUGUUUCUCACUAUUUUCCAUGGCUCACCUACUGGUGGAACACUCAAAAGCUUUUUCCUGCGUUGAGUUAUACCGCUUAUGAGCCUAGUCUGCUUAAUCCGCAAGACAUAGAAGUGAUGGCCGAGUAUCUUUCCGCAAGAGAGAAGUAUCAGGACCAAGUGAAUCAACAAGGCGACUUUGAGUCUCUCCACCGAGACUUGAUAGUUGGGUUUGGGAAAUGGGAGUUUGACCCCAUGGAUCUGGAGAAUCCAUUCCCUAACAAUGAAGGUUCAGUUCACCUGUGGCAAGGCGACGAGGAUGGGCUUGUACCUGUUACUCUACAAAGGUACAUUGCUCAAAAACUGCCAUGGAUUCAUUAUCAUCAACUCCCAGGUGCAGGCCACAUGUUCCCUUAUGUUGACGCCAUGGGAGAUCAAAUUGUGAAGGCACUUUUACAUACUUAAAUCUCUGAUCUGCAAUGCUUGCAUAGUUGCAUCAUAUCCCUCUGUGUUCCUAGCAUACUCUACUGCAUUUGGUUUUAUACUUCUGUAAUCGGUAAUAGUCUGCAAUGCUUGGUGAACAUUAAAAUCUGUCAUGAUUGUUGUAAAUAAUAUUUAAGAGGAAGAUAUGUCAUAUGCAUUUGCAUCCAGUUGAUGCAUAGAGUUAGAGAGUUUAAUUGAAGUAUAUAAUAUUGUGACACUUUCUUGAUGUGACUACCGUAUACAUUGUAUGGUCGGUGCAAUUAUUGUCAAGUGACAUAUUAUUGUUGCGUCA